UGUGAGCGGAUUGCAACACAUGCAGCGCGGAGAGGGGGAGAGAAGCCGGUUUCCGACGUCAGAGCCGCCGCGAGCCCCGAGCCGCCCCCGCCGCCGCGCAGGGAGGAGCCGCCGCCGCUGCCGGGGGGACAGGGCCUGAGGUGAGCGCCGCUCCGGGCGGGGUCGCGGGGCGCGCGGGCCGGGACUAACCGCUGUGCUCUGUGUGUCCGCCGGCCCGGCCGCCGCAGGGAGGAGGCGGAGGAGGAGAAGAUGGCGGACGACCCCAGCGCUGCCGACCGGAACGUGGAGAUCUGGAAGAUCAAGAAGCUCAUCAAGAGCCUGGAGGCGGCCCGCGGCCAAAAAGUGACUGACUCCCUGUGAGAGAACAAGAACCCUUGACUCUUCCAAAAGCUGGCAGCUAACCCUUCUCAGAAAUCAAUGGCACCAGCAUGAUUUCGUUGAUCAUUCCCCCCAAAGACCAGAUUUCACGAGUGGCAAAAAUGUUAGCGGAUGAGUUUGGUACCGCAUCAAACAUAAAGUCUCGAGUGAAUCGCCUUUCAGUACUGGGAGCCAUUACAUCUGUACAGCAAAGACUCAAACUCUAUAACAAAGUACCUCCAAAUGGUCUGGUUGUUUACUGUGGAACAAUUGUGACAGAAGAAGGAAAAGAAAAGAAAGUGAACAUUGACUUUGAGCCUUUCAAACCAAUCAAUACAUCGUUGUAUUUGUGCGACAACAAAUUCCAUACGGAGGCUCUGACAGCACUACUGUCUGAUGACAGCAAGUUUGGUUUUAUCGUAAUAGAUGGUAGUGGCGCACUCUUCGGAACCCUUCAAGGAAACACAAGAGAAGUCCUGCACAAAUUCACUGUGGAUCUCCCAAAGAAGCAUGGUAGAGGAGGUCAAUCUGCCUUGCGUUUUGCUCGUUUGAGGAUGGAAAAGCGACACAACUACGUGAGGAAAGUAGCGGAGACAGCUGUGCAGCUGUUCAUUUCUGGCGAUAAGGUGAACGUGGCUGGUCUCGUUUUAGCUGGAUCAGCUGACUUCAAAACUGAACUAAGUCAAUCUGACAUGUUUGAUCAGCGGUUGCAGUCUAAAGUGUUGAAACUAGUUGAUAUCUCGUAUGGUGGAGAAAAUGGAUUCAAUCAAGCAAUUGAGUUGUCCACUGAGGUCCUCUCCAACGUGAAAUUCAUUCAAGAGAAGAAACUAAUAGGCCGAUACUUCGAUGAAAUCAGUCAGGACACGGGGAAGUACUGCUUUGGCGUUGAAGAUACACUGAAAGCUUUGGAAAUGGGAGCAGUAGAGAUACUGAUAGUUUAUGAAAAUCUGGAUAUAAUGAGAUACGUUCUCCAUUGCCAAGGCACAGAAGAGGAGAAGAUUCUAUAUUUGACACCAGAACAAGAGAAAGAUAAAUCCCACUUCACAGAUAAAGAGACCGGCCAGGAACACGAACUGAUAGAAAGUAUGCCCCUUCUGGAAUGGUUUGCUAACAACUACAAGAAAUUUGGAGCAACGUUGGAAAUUGUUACAGACAAGUCACAGGAAGGAUCCCAAUUUGUGAAAGGAUUUGGAGGAAUUGGAGGUAUCUUGCGGUACCGAGUGGAUUUCCAGGGAAUGGAAUACCAAGGAGGAGACGAUGAAUUUUUUGACCUUGAUGACUACUAGGUAGUCGACCUGGGUCCGGCAAAACGUGCCUCACCCCUCCAGCAUCCAACCCAAGGAGCAAAUGGUGGAAAACACAACAGAUCCCUGCCUUAGAAUUGGAACAUUUCCAGAACUUGAUCCAUAAGCAUUGGAUUUAAAAAAACAAAACCCUACACUUUGAUUUGUCAUAGUGUCAGUACAGCAGCAAACUACUAAGUUCCUAUAUGCCACUUUGGACUAAUUUAAAAGAAUCCCAGUUUUUACUCUUACUCGAUGGUGAAAUUGGUUGCUCUUGUAUUUUAUGAAAAUGAUUUUUUUAACCGUCAUGAUACAUUAACUGCUGUAAACCUUCUUCCUUCAAAAAUUAAUAGAAGUAAGAUCAUA